AUGUCCAUCUGCGUAUUGUGCAAUCGCACUUUCGGCAGCAAGGCAGCACUCAAAACACAUGAGAAGAAUUCACCAAAGCAUAUACCCUUCAACUGCAAGACAUGCAAUCGUUCUUUCGGUGAUCAAACCGCGCUUGGACAGCACCAAGACAACUCUCCAGCGCAUCAAAGACCCAGAACAGACUCUGUCAUCACUUCUAUCGCAUCUGUUCCAGUUACCAACUGUGUCUCUCCGGUGUUACCAGCGACAUCUAAUGUCCGCUCGACAAUACGCAACGCUCAACCCAGUCGCCAUACCACGACAAAGAACACCCCACGCGUAGAUCCGACCUUCGAUCUGCCUUUUGCUGUACUUGAGAAUCGAAUGCAAGCUCUAGCUAUACCGGAUCUCAAUACGAUUGUCGCACAACCAAAGAUCGGUCGAGCAAACAUUCCCACACGACAAAAGGAGACAAGGACUUUCUUCACGUUUCCUGAAUUGCACCAACGUAUCGCUGAAGCUGUCGCGCCCGCAAUAACUUCGACGUGGUUCAACAAAAACUUGAAAGGUCGUGCUGACGACGAACACGGAACAAAUGUUGUGGGAAAGUUUACCUGCGACAACAACGGAUGCAGAAAGAACGGAUGGAGCAGUGGAGUCGUAGCAACGCGAAUUAAAGGUUAUCCUGGUAGUGGAUACAACGCUAUUGUGUACAACCAGCGUUGCGGUUCUUGCGACCGACUAGGAAGCCUCAAGGUGGAUGAAGAAUCGUACGUGGAGCGGAUUGCGUACAGGCUCAAGAAAUGGGCGGGUGUGCCAGUUGAGCCGCCACCGUUUAGUGGACAGAGUCGUGGACCACAUGAUGAAGAACGCUGCGAGGGCUGCAGAGCGGGAGACUGCAUACGGGCAAACAGAUCGUCAUACAAAGACGUAUCUUCGUGAUAGCAACAUAUCGCGACAAGGCGAGGCGGAAUCUCACUGCAUCGGUACAAACAUGGAUUAAUAUACGCACCACCAAUAGACUGGUUAUCAAUGCCGCCCUAUCGCAUAAGGCUCGCCUCUGUACACUGGAAGGGUUCGACCUCGUUGAUCGCCUUUGCAUAUAUCUAGCCAGCAUUUUGAACUUCGAGUGCCAGUCAGACACUGAACUCAGCAACAUCGCUACUUACCCACACUCAAGCGGCGGCGCGAACGCAUCGAGCGCUUCUCACAUCAUGGCUCUAUCCAUUUUUUGGCCUUCUUGUAGGCAUAUCAGUCAUGUACAUAGAAGCCCGUCGAAUUUGGCGGGCAAAGCUACCCCCAGAACCCUUUGGCCUUCCACUGCUUGGAAACUCAGAUCAAGCGCUGGAAGGGGCUCCAUGGGUGACCUUCACCGAGUAGAUCAAAUAGCAUGGAAAUAUUGUGUCGGUCGA